AUGCCCUCUCAACAUGGUCAGGACGAUGCUGUGAAGAGGAACCAAGCACCUCUGGGAACAGUGGCAACCCUGGACAGCUGGACCAUGUUCCCAUGGGAAUCCCUUCCCCUCUGUCUGCAAUACAAGAUGGUGGUUUUCAUUCCUGCUGCCGAGCCCCAUGAAGACCUGGGAGAGGCAUCAGCCAUGAAGAUCCUGUACUUGCUCUUCCCCUUCUUCCUCCUGUUGAUCCAGGGUGCUGCAGAAACAGGAAACGAAGCCCAAUGCAGACAAAGAGGUGGAUUCUGCACUAUUGGGCGUUGCCACUACCCUACAACAGCUAUUGGAAGGUGUUCAAGCUAUCGCCACUGCUGCAGAAGUAUCUGGGGUUGAGACCCUGAACUUUCUGAGCAGGACGACCCCCUCACUUCUGGCUCCUGGAACCAUCUCCUGAUGUCCUCUCUCCUCCCUGUACCUGCCAUCCCCAGCUGUUGUGACAGCAGGAGUGGAAGCGCUGCUCCUCCUGGGUCCCUGUCAUGGAUCCACUGUGUCACUGUCACAGAGCCUGUUUUUUCCUGAAUAAAGACGAGCAGUUUGGCAUUGCAGUGGG